AUGUUAGUCAAAGACACAGACGGAGAUUAUAAUGAACUUUCCGGAUACGUGUACGAGGGCGUGUGGGAGAGACAUGGCGAGCCGGCUAUUCUGAGAUGGACCUGGACGGUCAAGGACUCGAAUGCGUUGUUGAUCCUGGCUAGUCUCACCCUUUUCAUCGCAAUUGCACAGACACGCGCCUGGGCGAUCUCCCGCUAUAUCAUCCUUACCCGAAGCCAAGUCCGGCCUGUCAGGCUCCACGAUGAAACAUCUCCAGAACCCCUUCAACACCUUUCGCAGAGCAAAGCAAUCGUCCAAGUGCUCCCGUUCGCUACAAAGGGCAUCUCCAAGAUUUGGAGAACGGUUAUCUCGGCUCUGCGAAUCAACACCGCUCAACCGGACCAAGUGUUGAGAUCAGAUGACCCUGCGAUUUCGCCUUGGUUUGGAAUUAUAGCACUGUUCAAUGUGGCAGUGUUUGUCACACUGGGCGUGGCUGUACCAUGGUUGCUCUCAUUCGGGGCUGUGGAAACACCAGUAGUCAAGUCGAAGGCUACCGACAGUUGUUUAAAGUCCGACAAAAUAUCCAAUCUGUUCACCCUGAUGUCUACCACGACCAAAUCGGACGCUAUCUUCUCACAGUGCCUUGAUCGCUUGGAUGGGGGCUGCGACACUCCGUUUUAUCUACAACAGCCUGUAGUGGUAAAAAAGCGUCUAGACUACUGCCCGUUUCCUGGAAACAUCUGUCACAAUCAGACGCGCCCCUUUCAGAUCACACAUGCCAAUGUCACCGCUCAUCAGGUCGGAGUCAAUUCAAAAUCGAAAAUUUCAUUUAACCAUCGGCUCACUUGUGCACCGGCUGACCUCACACCCUUUCUUCUCUUCACAAGAAACCCGCCGAUUGAGACCUGGAUAUCUACCAGAAAUUUCGAUCUCCACAAUGGGAAAGCUUUAUGGCCGAACUUUACAAUGACGCUGAAUACCAUGAACGGUCCAAAUCUGGUCUCUGAAGAGAGUUCUGGACUUCGUAUGGCGCACCAGCAGGGUCCUUACGACCUCACGGUAUUGCCUAGGCACUGGGCUGGUGCUGAAGGUGUCAUGUUUGCGCCAGAUACACUGCACAAAAGCAUCCAGAGAGACGAUGGACUGGCGUAUCUUAUCAUCUAUCGAGCCGGGGCUACAGGCUACUAUGGUUCCGUCGAUGACCCAUUCUUCGCCGCCCACCAGAAGGACUGGUCAAACAUCACCGACCACUAUUACGCAGACCACGAGGCCACCGCGUUAGCUUGUUUCGAGACUUCCCAGUACUGUGUGUCAGAUUCGGGACUCUGCACUCCCUGGGGUCGAGGCUCUACGCAAGCAUACAAGGUGAUCAAAUAUCCCGGUUUGGGCCUUGACUCACUCGCUGAAGUUAUUGCCCUGUUGAGACUUCUGCCAGACUACUUCUCGGUAUUCAGUUACCUCACAGAGCUGAUUGAAUGGCAUGGAAUGAUGCCAUUAAAACAAGUUGGUGUGAAGCCAAGUAUGUUUUCCCCGCUCGACGAUAACAACGAACAGUGGGUCAUUGAAGUCGAAACUUGGUUCAGGAAAGCCAUCCUCAACGCCAUUCUUACAGUGCGCCACGGCGCACGGUUCCAUUUGAACGAUUAUUCUGCCAUGUUCAAAGACCCCAAAGAUUGGAGGAAUUCCUCGACAAGUUUUCUCUGUGUGGAAGAAUUCUGUUUCGGGACGGAAACUACACCAAUAUCAAUUGGAUCGGAUUUUGGGUGGCCCUGUCAGUUCUCGGAUUCAUUUGUCUUUUGAGCUUCUGUAUCAAGGAGGCCCACGAACACGGAAUGGCUUUACGCAAGGCUACCCUGAAACUGUUGGUAAAACUCACCCGGAUUGGACACAAAGUAAAGUUGGCAGCAACUGCUCGUCAUGGGCAACGGGCGGAUGGAUGGCGCUACUGGUUGUUAAGAUUCUUGAGAUCGCAUCCCCUAUUCCAUCAGGCCGGCUCUGGGAGACCAAGGUCUGGAGACCAAAGACAAGACCCAGCCACAAACGACUCAGAACUGCACAAUCUCGAAGCCUAGACGUUCUGUUUCCAACAAUGUCGUCAAGAUUGUAACGGCAUGAUAUCAUGGUAGGUUCGACUCUUUCAAUUGGAAACUCCAGGCUGGAGAUGCUGGGAACCCAGAAUCCCACGCAGAAGAGAAUGGUCAUAAUGACCACCGAAGUUAUUCUCGCUGGGGACCGUGACUAGCCGAUAUAGAGGCGCUGAAAGAAUAGAAAAUCG